UGGAUUAGUUAUCUGAGCUCUCUGAGCAAAGCCCUCAGUUGAAACUCUAAGGCUCUGGGAAGGAAAUCAUUCUUGUGAAUGUGACACACUCGCUCCAGUCCCCAUAUGCUGAGAUUAUACUUCUUCAUCAGCUUGAUGUGCUUGGUGAGAUCAGACACAGAUGAAACAUGUUCUUCAUUCACCCGACUGAGCUUCCACAGUGCGGUGGUUGGUACAGGACUCCGUGUAAAGUUGAUGCUCUACACAAGGAGAGACCCGACCUGCGCACAAGUCAUCAACUACACAGCUUUGGGGAACUUGAACGUGACCAAGAAAACCACCUUCAUUAUCCAUGGAUUCAGGCCAACCGGCUCCCCUCCCGUUUGGAUAGGGGACUUAGUAGAGGGUUUGCUCUCCGUAGAGGACAUGAACGUGAUCGUUGUUGAUUGGAAUCGAGGAGCUACAACUAUAAUAUACAACCAUGCUGCUGAUAAGACCAGAAAAGUAGCAACAGUCUUGAAGGAAUUUAUCGAUCACAUGUUGACAAAAGGAGCGUCUCUUGAUGACAUUUACAUGAUUGGAGUAAGUCUAGGAGCCCACAUAUCCGGGUUUGUUGGAGAGGAGUACAAUGGGAAGCUGGGGAGAAUUACAGGCCUCGACCCUGCCGGCCCUUUAUUCAACGGGAAACCGCCCGAGGACAGAUUAGAUCCCAGCGACGCACAGUUCGUUGACGUCAUCCAUUCCGACAUUGAUGCACUGGGCUAUAAGGAACCAUUAGGAAACAUAGACUUCUAUCCAAAUGGAGGACUGGAUCAACCUGGUUGCCCCAAAACAAUAUUUGGAGGAAUGCAGUACUUUAAGUGUGACCACCAGAAGUCCGUGUACCUGUACCUCGCUUCCCUGAGAGAGAACUGCACCGUCACUGCAUAUCCCUGCGACUCCUACAGGGAUUAUAGGAAUGGCAAGUGUGUCAGCUGUGGCAUACCACAAAAGGAGUCCUGUCCACUCCUGGGCUAUUAUGCUGAUCAUUGGAAAGACUAUUUAACGGAGAAAGACCCUCCCAUGACUAAAGCAUACUUUGACACAGCUGAGGAGAAACCGUUCUGCAUAUAUCAUUACUUUGUGGAUAUUAUAACUUGGAACAAGAACAUAAGAAGAGGGUCCAUUACAAUCAAAUUGAAAGACAAAGCUGGAAAUACCACAGAAUCCAAAAUCGAUCAUGAACCUGCAACAUUCCAGAAAUACCACCAAGUGAGUCUGCUUGCAAGGUUUAGUCAAGACCUGGAUAAAGUGGCAGCCAUUUCCCUGGUGUUCUCUACAGGAUCUGUAGUAGGCCCGAGGUACAAGCUCAGGAUUCUCCGGAUGAAGUUAAGGUCACUUGCCCAUCCAGAGAGGCCCCAGUUGUGUCGGUAUGACCUUGUUCUGAUGGAAAACAUUGAAACAGUCUUCCAACCUAUUCUUUGCCCAAAGUUGCAGUUGUAACUGUUGUGAGGACACAUGACCACCAAGGAACAUCAAGAAAGCUAUGGCAGGCUUUCUGAGAGCUUCACCUUCCUUACCUUCUCCAGGCACAAAACGUACGGAAUAACCAGGGUUUUUCCAGUCGUGUCCCAUGGAUGUCACAUUGCAAAAUGACAGACGACUUUGGAUUAUAGAACAGUCCUGAGAAGGGAGGCCCUAAGUAGGGCAAAUCUGAAAUAGCCAGGCCCCAGGCAGCCAGCGCCUUGUGUGGCUGCGUCCUGGGGCCUCGUUUGUUCCGCCCUGUGAUUCUGCUGCUUGUCACUCAGGCAGUUCAGUGGAACAAGCAUCUUAAAGGGAAGGACUGGCUGGAGACCUCACUUUGGACUCGACUCCACACUCCCUGUGCCAAAUUCCUCCAGAUCCCCGCAUAUAGAAGGGAACCAGACAGACCUACCUCACAGGGCUGUUGAGUGGGUCUGGGAGGCAAGUCUGUGAAGGGUUCUUCGAAAUCCCAUGGGUGUCACACCCGUGAGUGGUUUGACAAAUGUGAAUAUGCUUUUAUUUAAUUUUAUAAGGCUUAUCUAACAUGCAACAAGAGAGCUAUUCCUUAUCAACACCAGCUUCUCUCUUGGCUGUUCGCUCUGGGAAGGUAAGAAAGCCAUACCCUGGCUUCCCACCUCCUCUACACUGGGGAAAAUGUUUAUUUUUCCUUCUUACUACUGUCAUCCAUGAUUAUUGAAGGAGAUUUAGAAAACGCAUAGGUGCAAAACGAAUAUAUGCUGUACACAGUCCCACCUGUUAGAGGGGAUUAAUGUUAACCUUUUGGAAUAAUGCUAAGUAACUUGUGUUGCUAACAUAGGCAUUCCAGGCGUAAACCGGUUUGCUCCUGGAGCACUGGCAGCCCCCAGCUUGAGGGAUUCUUAGGCUUCCCCAGAGCUACGUGUGACCCAUGAAUCUGGAAUGACCACAGCAGCCAGGCUAAGGCCAAGAGGGCCAAGGCCAGAGAGGCCAGAACCAAGGGCGGACCAUCCGCGAGGCCAGAUGCCCCGUGUGGGGACGGAGCCAAAGGGGUGAGCACCACCCUUCCCACAGCUGCGGCCACUGUGGGAAGUCCCUGUGACUCCUGAGUGUCACAGGCCCGGUGACUUCCUCACCCAAGUGAUUCUCCUACUGCUUUCUGUGAGAACAGCUCUUAUUGGAAAGAAAUGGACUCUCUGUUUCAUAAACGAUAGGAAUCUGUAAAUAGUUCCCGUGUGGCACAUUUUAUAUCUGCAAUACAGAGAUUUUCAUUUAAGUGAGGGAAGCCCGCAGUGAACGACUGGACCAGGCGUCCUCAAACUACGGCCCGCGGGCCACACGCGGGCGUUUUUGCCGUUUUGUUUUUUUUACUUCAAAAUAAGAUAUGUGCAGUGUGCAUAGGAAUUGGUUCAUAGUUUUUUUUUAAAACUAUAGUCCGGCCCUCCAACGGUCUGAGGGACAGUGAACUGGCUCCCUGUUUAAAAAGUUUGAGGACCCCUGGACUGGACUCAAAGAAAAGUCUCAGCGACGGUCCUGCCCACCUGGACAUUUGACCACUCAUCCCCCUCCUUCCCACAUUCCGUUAGCCAUUGGGGAUGAGAGAUCGGUGUGCAAUAGGCCCUGAUUUUAUUAGCACAGUCACUUCUUCAUCUUCCUUCCGUUGCCUGGUAGGCAGGGGGUCAAAACAAUAGAAAGAAAGUGCCAGAAUAGCAUUUCUGUCAUUUAUAAACUCCUCAGGCCAGUGGGUGUCCCUCAGCUUCUUCUCUCGGUGCCUCCUAGCUUAGGACCUUGCUCACUGUGGACCGGUUGGAUGGAUGAAUGAACUGGUCAAUGAGUAAAGGAAGGAAGUUUGUUCACUGGCGUGGAGAUGAAUUUCAGUGAAUUUCAUUUAACAGUGAUCAGGAGAAAUGAAGGCAGUGACAGUUAGGACCCCUCUCUUCUCAGAACCUUUCUCCCAAGGCCCCCAAGGUCUCUUGCUAUCCUGGCCUCCCCUCCCUUCUCUUUGUCAGUGUAUCUGUCUGAAUCCCACAUCCAAGAUAGUAUCUCCUCUUCCUGACCAUCUUCACCAAUUAUCUUCCAUUUAGUGUGUGGGCCUGAGCUAAACUGUCACUUCUUCAGGGGGAGUCUUCUCGGACCUCAUUUCCCAUACAGCUUACUGAACUUCUUCAUAGCACCUUUUUAAGUUGUAUUUUUGUACAUUAUUUGUAUGAUUAUUUGUUUAUCUAUUUUCUCCACUAGACUGCUCUGCAGGGCAGGAGCUAUGUACAUAGUGUGGUGCAGGAAAUACAAUAUUUAUUAAAUGAACACUCUCCAUUAUCUUGUGAGCCGUAUGGAACCAUGUUUAGUUAUAAGUAAAGGCCUCCCCUCCCCCAGCCAGAGCCCAUUUCCCUGGAGGCAUCCACCCUUCUUUUCCAUUGACUUCUCCCCGCCACCCCCCCAACACACAUUUGUUAUUAUUGUCUCCAUUAUCUCUGGAGGCCCCUAGCUCACUUCCCAGGCUCCCUGGGAAAAAGAGAGGUUGGCUCCCCCCCCCCCGCCCCCUCCCACUCCUCUUUGAACCUUCCAAGUGCCCCCAACACCAUUCUUCAGCAUGCCCACCUAUCCUGAAGCCUGGGAGAUUUUGCUCUCCCCCCUUUUAGUGCCUUGGCUUAAAACCCUCCAGGACUCUUCAGCCUUCCUGGAUGACUCCAAACUGGUUCAAAGACCGCCUUGCUUGUUUUCCAUGAUGCCGUUCCCCCACCCCACUUUCCACCGACUUUGUAUGUGCUUCCAUUGCUGCUUUCAUUAUGCCAUAUUGUAGUAUGUUUCCGUGUCUGUACCCGCUCCGAGGCUGUGAGCAUCACAAGAGCAGAUGCUGCUUGUUUGCCUUGGCCGCCUUAGCCCCUAGCACCACGUCAGGCACAAGGCAUGUGCUCAUUCAAUGUGUGUUGAACAGAAUGGAGUGGACUCAACCCUAGGACUUGAAGGAGGUCACCUCCACUCUGAUUUAGACAUCAACACACUUAACUGUUAUCUCUGAAACCCUAAACUCAGAACCUCCUGUUAACGAAAAAAAACAUUGAAACCUGUAAAGAAUUUUAGUGAGUUUAUUUGAGCCAAACUGUCGACA